CUUUGCUGAAGUUCUACCUGGUUUCCCACGCUUGAAUCCCUUAAUCUACAAAACAAUCGGACAUUCUGUUUGGCAGGGCCUCAGUGCCAACCAGGUUACUGAUCUGUUCAGCGCCAUGUUGCCAGGAUUUCUCGUAAGUACUUAUCGAAAGUACAAGGAGGACACGUCCAUCUUCACAAAAUGGCUUUGCGAUAAUGGCGCAAAGUGCGGAUAUCACCUCACAAAAUCGACCCAGAAUGAGACGCCUACAAAGACGGCUCCUCGUCUGAAAGGAAAGGCACGCAAGCAGGCCAAGGAAGCUGCCAACAAUGGGCCAUCUUCAUCCACGAUCGACCAAUCGCAACCUCAACUGGUCAGCCCCAAAGAACUUCUUGCCCUUGCGAAUUCCAUCGUGAACUCGAAAAACCCCCUGAUUACAGUUCCAUCUGAGGUCCUUCGGGCUGCACUUCGCGCAAUAGCCGCACGCAAACGCUGUACCGCUUACUUUGCCUCCAAAACCGAUGGGGACCACUCCACAGUCGAAGAAAAUGAGCAGCAUUCUUAUUUUACUUCUUUAAUCGAAGAGGCUGUGAUGGCCCUCCAACCCCGCUUUGUUGUCUCUGCUGGGGGCGAACCUAAAGAAGAAGCAAUUAGGGCUCCUUCUUUGAGUAUUUUGGAGAUUCUCGAGAACCGAUUCGCAGCACUUGAAGUGGAAGAAUUGGCGGAAUCAGACGGCGAAACCCCAGAUGCCCCACCAUCUUCUCCAUCGACAAGAGAAGUCAUCUAUGAAAUUGAGUCGAACAAAGAGAAGGCAGAUUUGGAGGAAGAGAGGCUUUUCGCGAUAUUCUGUCUGUUUGAUGAUCUCGAUCGUCUUCGCUCCUAUGUCUCAAGUAUUUGGGCCGAGUACAAGAAGCAGAAGAUUGACCUUAUUACUGCCUCGGUGACUACGAAUAUAACUUUUCAACUCGCUAUUCGUACCCAAGACGAAAUCUUGGCGGCCUACCCGCAAUAUCGUGAUUAUCAAGAUGUCCUGUUGACGAUCAUGAAUCAAUUCACCAAAGCCCAAGGGACUGACCCAAGGGAGGACGAAGUCGAGAUCGACGACGACGUCGCUCAGUGGAUGUUCGCACCAGUACAUAGCAUUUUGGACAGCUUUUGCGAUAUUCUUGGCCCCAGAAAAGUCCCUUUGGUGAAACGAGGCCAUUUUGGUACCUACAAUCCUCUGCAAGAUCGCAACUCGCUGGAUUCCCUGCAGAAGAACCGUGAGGACCUCAUCCUUCUUAUGGAGCUCUUGCCAGACUUUUGUUUCGUCGCAAAAUACAAACUUCAUCUCGUCGCCACGGAUGAACUCACCCGAGGGCUGUGCAAGAUGGCCUUGACCAAGGAAAUCCCCGUCUGGCUUACAUUCGCGACCACCGUCUUUUUGGAUAUCCACCACAUUCUGCGAAUGGAAGUAUACGGAAAUCCAGUUGUCAUGAGAGCCGUUGCUACCCGUGCUAAGGAAACAAUGGGUCAUUAUUUCGAGCUCUCUCGAGGGCUCGUCAAGCCAGACACGUGGCCGGAACAUAACGAAAAGGUCUUUCAAAUUUUUGUCAAGGAGAUCGAUCAGUGCGUGCUCAGCGACGCCAUUCUGCCUCACAAGAGGGACCAACUGAGAGCUACAAAUCAACCUCCACCUCCAGAUAGCGAGCAGUUCUACCUCUAUAAGCGCCAUCCCAUCUUAUGUGGAGUCACAGCCUUCGCGAUCAUGCUAGAGAUGGAAGAAUUCGGAGUGACUCUGGCCAACGCGAUGGGGACAGCAAUCUACCCAGCUCAAUUCUACAACUCUCUCAGACAAAAGUCCAACCCUAUCGGUCCAUGGCCAUUGAUGGACCAAGUGAUAGCGAUCCACGGAGAGGAUAGGAUUUUCGUAGGCGAAAAGCCAACAACACUUGUCGACUGCUUCAAGCAAAUCUGUCUCACUCUCGGAGUGUCUGUCGAGAACUUUGCCCGCAGUCAACGGAAACGCAACCUAGUCGUAUCUAAAAAGGGUCCCCGAGGCCUCAAAGACACGUCUGCCAUGAACGAGAUAUUCAAAGAGGAACUUCGACGCGGCGGAACCAUGUCUUUGACCGUGCACAACAUCGAGAAACUCCUCAACGAGCAAUCCCAGAGCGUAGAUUCGAAGCGCUUUCAUCGUUCAUGGGCAAAGACCAAACGGCUCAUGCCCGUCGAAGUCCUCGAAGCCCUCCGUUUUGCCAUUCCCACAGAAUUGAAGAAGCUGGAGGUCAACUACUUCCGGCUGCACGACCAGAGCAUCGGCUUGCUGCGCCGCUUGAAGCGAGAAUUAGAUGCGGAUCUGAGGAAGUUCCCUGGCGCGCUGCGGAUUGAGGAUGAGAGUCAGCUGCCGUUCGUGGGAAUAUACGUGGUGCAGGCUGCGAUGGGAACCCAACAGGCGGCGGAGGAUAUGAGGAUCCCGGAUGCGGGGAGCAGGCUGCUUGAGAAGGCUGGGGGCAUCAUGGAUGAGUUCAUGGGAGAGCUGGAGAGGCAGCCCGCUGAGAAGCCGAUUCCGCUAACCUCUUGGAGCUCUUAGGACGUGUCGUGGACUGAGUUCAUGCGGAUGCAAUCGUGGGAUGUGCUCCGACGUGCGAUGUUCCGACUCCAAGAACGGAAUCCCCUCCGUCUGGAAUCGGUACCUGCUUGCCCUCCCCCGCAUUGAUUGCAAUGUCGAUCGCACUCAACCUCGUAUUAACCACCUCUUUCCUUCCUCCGUUAUCGAUGUCGGGAUCGCUAAACUGCGAUGGCUGGUUAUCGUCUUCUUCUAAGUCAUCGGUCGGUAGGGAUAUGAACCAGUCGCAUACUGAUGGUGUACAUGAUUAUCUGGAAGACGCCGC